CAAGGCUCGACUACACCAACGGGUCCAGCUUUGACUGAGCAUCUGUGUGCACUGUGCACCAUGGCUCCACAAGUCGAAAUCUCCAUCCCUAACACCACGAUAUCUGGCAGCUCAAAACCCUAUACCAUCUACAACGUCACGCUCCGCUUACCCCUACGAUCCUUCACCGUGCAGAAGCGCUACUCCGACUUCCUUGUCCUGCACAAUGGGUUGACCGACCAGGUCGGCUCACCACCGCCCUGCACAUUGCCUGCGAAAUCAUGGUUUCAGCGAACUGUUUCCAAUCCGCAACUGACGGAAGAACGACGGCGGGGGCUAGAGACAUACCUCAAGACCAUCAACGAGAUUGACGACUCACGGUGGCGCUCGACCAGUGUGUGGAGAGCCUUUCUCAACCUUCCAUCCUCCUUUGCGACUCAGACAUCAAGUAAAGCGGGCACACUACACUCUGUCAUAUCCGGUCCUGGUGGGGGAGGCGCUCCGAUCACAGACCCGGUUAUCUGGCUUGAUGUCCAUCGUGAUCUGAAGGCCCAGCUACAGGACGCGCGUCUGAACUUGACGAACCGUGACCAAGCAUCCACACCCCAAAAGCAACACGAAGCAAGUGCGGCUGCAAAGAGCCAUCUCGUAAAGGCGGGAUCUUUGAUUGCUGCAUUAGAGGAAGGCCUGACCAACAUACAAAAUGCUACAGAGGGAGGAUGGGGUGGACAGAAGCUCGGAGAGGGCGAAGUCCGCAGAAGAAAAGAUUUGAUCGCGUCAGCCAAAAAGGACAAAGAUGGCCUCGAGAACCUGCUGAACGCCAUGGCCACGAAGUCCAAACUCGAUAGUGCAGUCGCCUCUAUGCAAGAGACCCAACAUCUCAUGGGCAACGGUAACAACAAGCCUAAGGUCGGCGGAGGCAGGGUCCUCGGCAAGGAGACUGCCGAAACGAGAGAACUCGACAAUCAAGGCGUCCUCCAACUCCAAAAGCAAAAGAUGGCCGAGCAGGACCUCGACGUUGAAGAAUUGCGGAAAAUUGUGCAGCGGCAAACGGAGCUGGGAAUUGCCAUCAAUCAGGAGUUGGAGGUACAGAACGAGAUGCUGAGGAUGGUAGAUGAGGACGUCGAUCGCGUCCACGGAAAGAUCCAGAUUGCGAAGCGGAGGAUCGGGAAGAUAUCAUGACCAUCAUGACUAUCAUCAACAUCCUGCUUCGAGAGAUGUAAUCGUCGUAGCAUGCAUCACUCGUGGUAUCUGGUACACAAAACAACACUUUUGGAAACCGCCCUCAUUCCCUGGAUCCAUGUCCAUUCUAGGGUACAAUGGCUCACCCUUGCGGCUUGGGAACUUUGUUCAGAAACUCCUCUGCAUCCACUGCAUCAACACUCGACCGGUCAUCCUCAUCCUUGCUAAUCAAUCCGAGCUUGCUCUUGCGAAUGGUCCACCACAACUCGCGUCUGUUCCCACCCAACUGCUCGCGAAAGAUCUUCUCCUUGAGCUGGCGCAUGACGGCAUUGUACAACAUUGGCUCUUCAUAUCCGAUUAGCUCCUGCCUCAUCUCACCCAAACCCGCCACGACGCGUGGGUAGUUCUGGCCGCCGAAAUCGCUCUUCACCAAUCCCUCCAGGAUCUCUUGCAUCUGUCUCACCGCAUCCUUUACAAUUUCCAUAUCACCCGUCGAUUCCAACAAUUGUUUGAACUCUGGAAUUGCGUUGUCCGGCGAAAUAUGGACCUUCCCGCGCUCGGUAGAUGGUCGGGUUUUGCGGAACAACUCCUCCACAUUGAGUCCCGAUAAAGGCUUUUCUGCCUCUCUAUCGCGAUAUCGUCUUCUCCCUUUGACUUUACUGGGCACUUUCUUCACAUCUGCUGCCUCAAUCAGGCGUCUAAGCGCUCCUUUACCACGCUCCCGCAGCUCCGGAGGUUGUUCUUGAAGUGAGUCGAAUCUUUCUGGUCUUUUCGGGAACUCAUUUUUCUUCUCUGGAUCGGAGCUGUGGACAGCCCGGUAUUUGAUCGCGCUCUCGAUCGUGUGGAGAAGAGGUGAGAAUGUGUCAUCGAUGGCCAUCAUUUCCUCGUCCUCAUCUCGGAGUAGACUCAUGCUGUCCACAAAAUCACUCAUGCUUUGCAAUAGGCUUUCAGAGGGAAGAUUGCGGUGUUCGGUCAAUGCCUUUCCGGAGACAGUGAGGACUUUAUCUAGGGGCGGGAAGCGGUAGGAUCGGAGAUCUUCUGCAAAGGGGAGGAUGUUCUCGAUCAGGCACUCGAAGUCUGCUUCGACGAGCGGUGACAAGAGCGUGAGGAUUGGUUCCACCAUGUCUUUCUUAACAAGACGGCCGAUGGCUACAGAUCCGAGUUCGUAGAGGGAAUGGAUCAAGGAGGAGAGAGCGAGUGCCGCUUUGUCGUUGCCUUUUUGCGGGACGAUCAUGUUUGUGUUGUCCAUUAGCAUGUAUCGCUCCACGUUUUCCGCUGGAAUGAAACCCAGAAUAUCGUAUGUCAUCUCUG